UGGAUUGAAUGUUGCUUCAGCCAUGCGCUGCAAUGCAUAUUCCCCCGGAACAGAACCACACCCGAUGGAAACGGAUUUCGUCGUUUCCUGAGUAACAUACGGUCGCAAGAAUUUUCAAACAAACUUUUCGAAAUCCUAGUUGAUCAAUCAUCAGUCUUUGAUUUCAAUUGGUAGGUAUCGGAUUGGUACCUUGAGAAGUAAAAUAAUUAGAAUCAGUGAGCAAAAAUGGGUAAGAAAAAAGGAGGUAACAAGAACAAGCUGGCCAAGAUGUCCGAGGAGGAACGGGCACGGUACCUCCAGCAUCGGGCCGACAUGGAAGAGGAAGCUCGACGCCGCAAGCAGCAAUUGAUUGCGACGUUCAUGAAGAACAAACUAAAGCGUGAGGAUGCCUUCGCCCGGCUCAACCUGGCCAAGAUCAACCAGGAAUGGCGCAGCAUCCUGCGCAACAUCAAGUGCAAGGAGCUCAAGAACGAAAUCGAGCAGGUUGAGAAGAUGUGCACCGAGUGCAUCGAGAACAAGAACGGCAUCAUCCGGCGGCUGCUGUGCGAUCUGGACGAAUCGGAGGAAAUCUACUCGACCAUGCUGCACGCCCACAUGGAGAAGAUCGAGAAGAUCAUGAACAUCCACAACGAUCGGCUGUCGUUUCUGACCAAGCUGUACGAGAUCGAGAAGAAGGAGAUCAUAGAAAAUUACGACCAGGAGAUUGCGAACUACAAGAGCAAGAAGUUCGGACUGCAGAAGGAGUUGGAGUGUGUGUUCUACGGGUUGGCAGAGCGAUCGAGGGUCGAUCGGAGACGCUCCGAGGAGGAACAUAUGCUGAAGAAGGACGAACUGAAGAAUUCGAUGAUUCUCAAGCUGGAAAUGAUCACGAAAGAGCGCGAACGGCACAUGGAGAAGCUCUGGAAAGAAUUUCAAAAGGUCCUCAAUGCUUACCUGCGUAACACUGAAGAGUACCGUAACGAGUACAGUAAGCUUCGCGAUCAAGAUGCGAACGAUACACGCCACAUCCAAAAUCAUUACAUUGAAGUAGCUCGAUUGAGCGAGUUGAUCUCGAACCUCAGGCAGAAGUUGGUCACCAUUAAGGACGAGCACGAAUUCAACGUAAAACAACUACAAAAAACCAAGAUGGAACUACAAGAGCGCAUUCGGAACAUCAAACAGGAGAUGGAAAUAGGACUGAAGAUGGACGAUGAGAAAUUGAAGCAACUUGCAGUUUGCGGUCAUGGUGCGCUCAAGUAUUUGCAGAACUUGUUGAGACGCGGAAAUGCCAUUUUACAGAUUGCAACGUUCUGCAAGAAGUUUGAAACGGAAAACGAGAGCUUGCUUCCGUUUGUGCAUAGCGCCGUGAAACGACAAAUGUUUGAGGUAGACGAAGACGAACUGAAGGAACCUACUACAGAGUUUGAAGUUUUCAAGAAAGAUACUUUUGGGAUUGCAAAGAAGUUUGAAAACUUUUGGAUGAGGUUCAAUAAGGCCAGGGUCGACUGUGCAUGCUUGCAAGAGGAGAAGAAACAACUGUUGGAAGAUAAUGAGAGAUUGAAGAAUCAAUUGAAAGAGUAUCUGAUUACGGUCAAUAUGAAUAAUGGCGGAUCGUUGGAGUCAAACGAGACGCUGCUUGCGGAAAGACCCAGCUCGAUGAAGGUCGAAAAGGUGAUUCAUAUCGACUUGAAGCUGAAGUCGGUUCGGUUCAGCAAAAAUGGUAAACGCAGACCUGUGACUUGUAUCGAGGGAAACUUGAGCAAUGCCAUCCGCAAUGACAAAUUGAUGGAAAUGCGAAGCAAACCUAACCAGUUGUACUCGCUGAUACGUCAAUCUACGUCGUAAGAAUCAGGUUUGUGUGUUCAUGGUU